UUUUGUUUCCCCUAAAUUAAAGAUAUCUGCUUCCUUGAUCCAAAAUGCUUUACUAAAAAAUGGAGCCACCAACUCUAUGGUUAACACCAAACAACCCCAAAAACUCCCCCAAUCCUCCCCAACUAUUGCCACAACCUCUGCUACAACUUCCCACUCUACCACUUCCUCCACUUCUUCAAACUCUUCCUCCUAUUCCCGUUCACCAAUUUAUUCCAAAAAUUCUCCUCUUAAACGAAAGGAAUUCUCGGAAUCUCGCCGGAAAAUUCUUCAAGAUCAAAAAAACGAGGAGGAACAACAAAAAAUCUUGGAAAAGGCAAAAGAGGCCAUGCGUUGGCAGCAACAAAGGGCCGUUGAUACGGUGGAGGAAGUGAGUCAGUUGGGGCAGGCUGCUUUGGAACAAAUGGCUAUAUUGGAAGAAUUAGAAUUUGAAGAUUUUGAAAGGAAAACAAAAAUUAGUGACAGACUUUGUACCAAAAAUGUCCCUUCUUCCUCCUAUGUUUCCUUGCCAACAUCACUAGCAACCUCAUCAACUGCCUCUAGUACUCGGCAAGAAUCCGAAAUAAAUAAUGGGGCUACAGCUAGAAAAUCUCUCAAUACUGGGGAAAACCAACUAAACAAACAAAGCCAAAACCAUUACUCCCCAAAACGGCAAAGUUUAUUCAAUGAACACAAACAACAACAACAUUUUCCCCCUCAAAACAAACUUGAACAAACAACUUGCUCUUCCCAACAAUUUUUUAAACAAAAGUCGCCUGCACCAAUACUUGACAAAAACAAAUUGUUUGAAAAUAACAAUAAAACAAACACAACAACAAACAACAAAACAAACACCCCACCAUUCAAUUCAACAACAAAGAACUCAACACCAACAAACUUAACAACAAUAAACAUAACAAACAAUAAAACAAACACGACAAACAACACCUCAACAAACUUAACAACAAACAAAAACACAACAAAUAACUCAACAACAACAAACAAAAUAAACUCAACAACAAACAAAACAAACACGACAACAAACAAAACAAACACAACAACAAACUCAACAACAAAAACAAACACAACAACAAACAAAACAAACAUUAUAACGAACAAAACAAACUCAACAAUAAACAUAACAAACAACCCACCAACAAACAAAACAUCAACAAACUCAUCCCAACAUUCUCUAAAAUCAUUAGCAACAUCAAUUAUUAGAUAUGAUGAUGAAACAAGAGAAAAAGAAAGAGAACAAAGAGAAAAACAAAACAUAAAAACAACAACACCCCAAACAUCUCCCGGAACAUUAUUUUCUGCUCAAUCUCCCUCGGGUUUAUUGGAAUGCAAAACAUGUGGAAAAGCAAUUACUAAUGUUUUACAAGCAUUGGGCGCAUCAUUUCACCCAGCCUGUUUUCGCUGUCAAAAAUGUUCGCGGUGUUUGGAUGGAAUUCCUUUUACAGUUGAACAGAAUGGUGAAGGUGUUAUUUGCAUGGAUGAUUAUGAACGCUAUUUUGUUACUCAUUGUCGCGCUUGCAAAAAGGCUAUUAAUGCUGUGAAUGAAUUUGGCAAAAUUGUAAGAAUCGUUGUUGAGGAUCGGGAGUAUCACAUCCAGUGUUAUUGUUGCGAGGGCUGUGGAAUGCAAUUAAGCAAUGAACCCCAAAACAAAUGUUAUCCCAUUGGAGAACAUUUACUUUGCCGGAGAUGCCACACUUUGUGGAGGCGAAUGGGUGCCUUAGAAACUGAUGCAGCUGUUUCAGACUUGUAA